UCUGGUUCUAGCACCGAUGAUCCUGUUCACAUAUAUUAACCUUUCGCCAUUAAUACUGUGCCUAUCUGCAUGCAGGCCUCGCAAUAUGAACUCUUCAACGCAUCAUUCCAUUGGCUGAUAAUUGAUAAAAGUUACAAUAGCGCCCUGGAUGGCAGCAAGGCGGCCGCAGGCGAUGGUGUCCGCUUUUCGACUAGUACGGUCAAGAACGGUGGUGCCGUGUUGUCUGCGGGCAAAACGGUUAGCUCAGUGCAAUCCUCCGCCAACGAUACCGUGCCGGCGGACACUGGUACGAUCGACCGUGCCCGGACAGCUACCGUCAACGAGCGAACGAAUGCCAAGGGCGAUGAUACCUUCGAACUGCUGGCAACAAUGAACGUUAGCAUCAAUGCAGAAAUAACCGUUGCACGCCCCACGGAUACCUCCUAUCGGGGAUUCACACUCUAUGAUCUCUGGAAUCCUGGCUUCAUCAGUGGCGGUAAAUUGAAAAUAGAACCGCUGGGCAGAUACACGGCCGCUCGGGGGCUGCUGAUACCGCGGCGCGAAACGACCGUGGUCCGCCGACGGAACAUGGACGGGCUGAAGCUGAAGAUAAUGACCGUGGUGACACAGAAACCGCACAGACCGUUCGAGCUGUACCUUACGACGCCACAGAACACCCAUCUCGAUUCCGUCCAUCGCUACAACUACGGCCUGAUGAGCAUGCUGAAGGAUUUCUACAACUUUACCUUCGUCAACCGGCGUACCAAGAGCUGGGGAUAUUUGCGGAACGGCAAGUUUGACGGUAUGAUCGGUGCGCUGUCCCGCCGUGAGGUCGAUCUCGGCGGUUCACCCAUGUACUUUCGCCAGGAGCGUCAUCGCGUCGUCAGCUACACUACCCGCACCUUCAUCGAGCGGCCCUGCUUCAUCUUUCGCCAUCCGCCGCGGAACGAUGCGGUAAAGAAUCCGUUUUUGCUGCCGUUCGAAAUAAUCGUUUGGUACUUGAUGGUUGCCUGCGGUGCAAUCUUGGUGAUGGUUUUGUGCUUCAGCUUCUUCGUGCAGGAUGCAGUGAUUGAAGGAAGCUUCACGUGCACUUCCCAUACGGCACCAAAGACAACGCCGAUGACAAGUGAUGCAACACGCCCGCUACGGAGCAAUAAUGUCGCUGCCUUAGCUAACGCCCCGCACAGCACAAUAUUGAGCAAAGCCGGGACCGGUGCAGCAAGCCGGUCUGCGGGAAGAAACGUGUCGCCGGAAACGUGCCUGGAUGGAUCGCUUUUAAGCCACCGUAAGCUGUCACCGAUGCGACGUACCUACUAUUGGCACCGAGCCCCCCCGGCAGGCUUCCGUUACACUGACGACGAUGAUGAUGACGAUGAUGUGCCAGGACGCGGAGAUGCAUCAGACGUGGAGGCGGGCAAACGUCGUUCGCCGGGUGCAGCCGGCUCAUCUCGUUGGCGAUGGAAAAUAUGCCACUGGCUAUAUCCGGUGGAUUGUCGUCAGCUCGUUCGUUGUUGCAAUGGCGGUGACGCUGCUGCUGGAUCCACGGCACACAAUUGCCAUAACAAGACCGUCCCGGCAAACAUAUCGCCGACGCAUCGAUUCCAUCCGGGAGACGGAAGCGACGGCGCCAAAUGCAAUUAUAAAGCGGAAAAGGUAUCGAAAAGCAUUUUACUCUUUCUCGGAGGCGUGUGUCAACAAGGAUUAUCCGAGAUACCGCACCUAUCAUCCGGCAGAUGUACGUCAUUUUUCAUCCUUCUCUUCGGCUACCUCAUGUACCAGUACUACUCGGCCAGCAUCGUCGGCACGCUGCUAAUGGAGCAGCCGAAGAGCAUAAAAACGCUGCGGAAUUUGAUUGACAGCCGGCUAACGCUCGGGAUCGAGGAUAUUCCCUAUUCCAGAGAUUACUUUGUGCGCACGACGGAUGCCGAUUCGCUGGAACUGCACCGGACCCGAAUCGAGUACUACGAGCCGAAAACGGAACGGAACGAAUCCCACUUUCUAUCGGCGGCCGACGGGUUGCAGCUGGUCCGCGAGGGUGGUUACGCCUUUCACGUGGCCAUUUCGGCCGCCUACCGCAUCAUCCGGUUGACGUUCAGCGAGCGGGAAAUUUGCGAACUGAGUGAAAUUGAUAUGUUCCCCGUCUGGUCGCAGUGGAUGGUGGCGAUCGUGCAGAAAAACUCACCGUAUCGCGAUGUCAUAACGUACGGAUUACGCCGGUUGAAUGAAGCGGGAUUAAUGCAGCGGCAGAGACACGUUUGGCAGGAACCGAAACCGAAAUGCGUUCGCCAGAUUGCCCCGACCGAUUUGAUCGUCGGCUUGAACGCGGUAGUAUCGGCGUUCGUGCUACUGUGCGGCGGCAUUGUCCUGUCCGUUUGCGUGCUGUUCGCCGAAAUCCUCUGCCAUCGGAUCGAACGUCAUCGGCACGGAUGUCGCCGGCGGCGGCUGGGACGGAAUCGUUUUGUAAUGAUGACGAAGCAGCACGGCUUAGUGACAGCGGCUGGGAGGCAUGGUACGGAAUUGUUUUACGUUGAAUGAGCCGGGUCAGAGCCGGAGUCAGAUUUCAUCGCCCCGUUCGCUGUGUGGUUUGUGCUUAAAUUGAGGCAAGAGUGCUUCAGCAGUGUCUAGCUAUUGUACCGUGUUUGGAAGUAGGGAAGAAUGGUAAAAGGAAAUGCUUUUCGUGUUUUAGAGUGCAGAGA